CUGCUGACCCUUGGCCAAGCGCGCGUGCGUGUACGGGGCAGAACAUAAGUCCGCUUUGACCGGCUGGAGCCAUUUUGCAGUUUCGUCCUUGUGGAUCGAAAGCAAACAUGAAGCUGUUCCUGCUCCUGCUGGCGCUGGCGGCCGUCUGCUCAGCGGACUUUUACAUCGAGUGUCACGGCCGAGACGACCUGAUGCUCACGCCGCAGAUUCUGCGGUGUCGAAGUGCGGUCAAGCAGGCCUGCUACAGCAGAGACAACGGCGAGAAAGGCUGCGCCGUCUUGGACCUCUGCGCUCGGCCCGGAUGGCGCUGUUGCUAUAGCGACCGCUGCAACCUGUGACCGCGACGGUCGAUCGCCACGCGGCGCGUUCUGCAAUAAACCCGUGCGACCUCUCA